AGCACUGCGAGCCAGAUAUAAACCCCGGGCUCUCGCUAGCUGCCCUCCUGUCUGUGAACACGCGGUCUGGCCAGCUGUCCCCGGAAAGAGAAAACAGCACGACACAAAAUGAGCGCCGCCGGCCAGCCGAUAUUCUCCAAGGGAGAGGACUGUAAGCCAUCAUGGCAUGGCGCCAACGCCGGUUACAAUGACGCCGACACGCACCUGGAGAUCAUGGGCAAGCCCGUGAUGGAACGCUGGGAGACCCCGUACAUGCACUCCCUGUCGACGGUCGCUGCCUCCAAAGGUGGCCGCGUUCUGGAGAUCGGUUUUGGCAUGGCCAUCGCCGCCACCAAACUGGAGUCGUACCCCAUUCAGGAGCACUGGAUCGUGGAGUGCAAUGACGGUGUCUUUGCCAGACUGGAGAACUGGGCCACGGUUCAGCCACACAAAGUUGUCCCCCUCAAAGGCCUGUGGGAGCAGGUUGUACCCACUCUGCCAGAUAACCACUUUGACGGUAUCCUGUAUGACACUUACCCUCUGUCAGAGGACACAUGGCACACCCACCAGUUUGACUUCAUCAAGGGUCACGCCCACCGGCUGCUGAAGAGCGGCGGCGUGCUCACCUACUGCAACCUGACCUCCUGGGGCGAGCUGCUCAAGACCAAAUAUGACAACAUCGACACCAUGUUUGAGGAGAGCCAGGUGCCUCAUCUGCUUGAAGCCGGCUUCAAGAAGGAGAAGAUAAGCACUACUACCAUGGACAUUGUACCUCCCGCUGAAUGCAAAUACUAUUCUUUCCGUAAGAUGAUCACUCCCACUAUUAUCAAAGAGUAAAGAGCAAAAAAAACAUUUUUUUUUACUAUGUGCCUUCUCCUCUGACUCUGUGUCAUGAACGAUCAGACAUCUUUCAAUAAAACAAAGUCUACAUCCGC